AUUUCGAUAUCUCCCAUCUUAAACCUCUCUCUCUCUCUCUCUCUCUUUUUGCCUGCCCCCCAUCUUUUAUUUUGGAUUUGCGGGGUUGGGGGAAGCUGAAAUAAGCGUUCCCUCGCAGCAAAGGGGGAAUUGGAAGAGCAUUUCUUCUGCUUCCUGAGAGGGGAGUGGUUUUUCCUGAAGGGGAAGCCAUCGAGCUAUUUCUUAAGAAAGUUUCUCCUCUAUCCCCUCCCGGUUUUUCUUUCUUUCUUUUGUUUUUUUUUUUCUCCCUUCGGGAGGCUAGGCUUUUUUUUUAACUUCGUGCUGUGCCAGACUUUUGUGUGUUUAAAAAAAAAAAGAAAGAAAAAAGUAAAAGAGCCCUGGCAAGAGAGCCUCCCGAGCAAUCGUCGCCCACCUGCCUGUUUGUCACCAUGUACAAUACAGUGUGGGAUAUGGAUCGCGACGAUACGGACUGGAGGGAGGUGAUGAUGCCGUAUUCCACGGAGCUGAUAUUUUAUAUCGAAAUGGACCCUCCAGCUCUUCCUCCAAAGCCUUCCAAAUCAAUAACUCCUAUAAAUACAAAUGAGAUAAAAGAGAACUGCAGCUCGUCAUUGCAGGAAGCAGAAUGGUACUGGGGAGACAUCUCAAGAGAAGAAGUAAAUGACAAACUCCGAGACAUGCCUGAUGGAACAUUCUUGGUGCGAGAUGCAUCAACAAAGAAACAGGGAGACUAUACACUCACACUCCGGAAGGGUGGCAAUAAUAAAUUAAUAAAAAUAUAUCAUAUGGAUGGGAAAUAUGGCUUUUCUGAUCCACUGACAUUUAAUUCUGUUGUGGAAUUGAUCAACCACUAUCAUCAUGAAUCUCUUGCGCAGUAUAAUCCUAAACUUGAUGUGAAGCUGAUGUAUCCUGUGUCUAAAUAUCAGCAGGAUCAGUUGGUAAAAGAAGAUAAUAUUGAUGCUGUGGGCAAAAAGCUUCAGGAAUACCACACUCAAUAUCAAGAGAAAAGUAAAGAAUAUGACAGAUUAUAUGAAGAAUAUACCAGAACAUCACAGGAAAUUCAAAUGAAGAGGACAGCAAUAGAAGCUUUUAAUGAAACAAUUAAAAUAUUUGAAGAGCAGUGCCACACCCAAGAACGGUAUAGCAAAGAAUACAUUGAACGAUUUCGAAGAGAAGGGAAUGAGAAAGAAAUUGAACGGAUUAUGAUAAAUUAUGAAAAAUUGAAAUUACGCCUGGGUGAGAUUCAUGAUAGUAAGAUACGACUGGAACAAGAUUUGAAGAAGCAAGCCCUGGACAACCGAGAAACAGACAAGAAAAUGAACAGUAUCAAACCUGAUCUUAUCCAGUUACGCAAAAUCAGAGAUCAAUACCUUGUCUGGCUUAAUCAUAAAGGAGUAAGGCAGAAACGAAUUAAUGAAUGGCUGGGGAUCAAAAAUGAAACUGUUGAUGAUACAUAUUUUCUGAAUGAGGAAGAUGAAAAUCUGCCACAUUAUGAUGAAAAGACUUGGUUUGUGGGAGACAUCAAUCGCAUCCAGGCAGAAGAUUUGCUUUGCGGGAAACCUGAUGGAGCAUUUUUAAUUCGAGAAAGUAGCAAGAAAGGCUGCUAUGCUUGUUCUGUGGUAACUGAAGGUGAAGUUAAACACUGUGUGAUCUACAGCACUCCAAGAGGUUAUGGGUUUGCAGAGCCAUAUAACCUAUACAGCACCCUUAAAGAAUUAGUCCUGCAUUACCAGCAUACCUCUCUCGUCCAACACAAUGACUCUCUAAAUGUCCGUCUUGCUUAUCCUGUCUACGCACAGAUGCCCUCCCUUUGUAGAUAAAUUUUAGGAAGAUGAAGUAUAGGUGAAGCAUUGGUUAUCUCGAAUUUCUUUUCUACAAUUUUUAUUAGAACCCAGAGGGCAUUCUUUCUCCUUAGACUGCUCGUUUUGCACAAGAAGUUAUAUGAUGAAUGUGAAUCGGAAACUUAGCAGCAACAGCUUCGGGAUAGGUACCAUAGUGCUACCUGAAGAUCAGCUGUGUUCAUAAGGAGACUGCCUCUUGAUUUCCCAAAAAGAACAAGAACACUCUCUCAAACUGUGUGUUUAAAAAUCCAUUGGAGCAAAAUUGUAGAAACAUUUUUGCCUGGCACCAUCAAUGGAAUUUCUACAUGGAUUUUUCUUUUCUGAGGUAUUGGUAAUGUCUUUCUGUCUUAAACUCCAGAAAAAUAGGAGAAAGGCUCACCUAAAGAAGCUUUUCCAUGUUAAUUUUAGCAACUUUGCUGCAAGUUAGAUAACUUACAAAUGAGGGCUCAUCUUGAUGUAGCAUGGUAUUUGGUGAGAGGAGACCAAAGGAAUUUUGGGGGAAGUUUCAGGUUCAUUCUUAAAAGAAUAUCCUCAAAGAAAUGUUGCUUUAUAUAUUACCAACAAUAACAAAGUUUCAGUUUCAACAGCACUACAGAUCUUCAAAUUAAAAAACAAACAAACUUUAUCCAACAAAACUUUUCUCAUUGCUGGACUGAGCACUUAUGGGGAUAAUUGCAUUUGCAAUCGCACACUUGCCAAAACUUGAAGAGAAAAUUAUGAAAGCUAAAACUUUCUCAUGUCAUUUUUAUAACUGACCUGAUGUAACUGCACCACUUUUUCCCCAUUAGUUUUUAACAUUUUUCUUUUCUUAUAACUAUUUCAGAUGUUCUUUUUAAAAGAUACUAAGCUUUGGAAUGUAUACCAGAAUGAAGCGGGCUCUUGGCAUGUUUUUUUAAAAUGCUUAAUAAUUUUUGCUGUUUUGAAAACAUUGUUUGAUUUUGUUUUUAUAAAAAAAAAUUCUUGAAAAGUGCAAUGGAUUGCUUCUCAGUGGCUUGCUAAACCAAAAAAAAAAAAUCCCUAUGAGUGCAGUCUAUAUAUUGUUAAAACUGGCUACAGUAAUUUUAUUUGUAAUAUGUUUGACUUGCACCCUAAAUCAUUAAUUCCAUUGCACAGAUUGUAUACAUAUCUUUAUAAUUCAUUGUUUUACCAUCAAGCAAAUAUUUGGGUAACUGAAUUUUGUCAGACUGCUCAAGCUAUAAAAGUGGUA